UUCAUGGAGGAUUAUCACAAACCUGACCAACAGACAGUGCAGGCGUUGAGGAACAUCGCCAAUCGCCUCAGGAUCAACUCCAUCAAGGCGACAACCGCAGCAGGCAUCGGACACCCCACAUCAUGCUGCAGUGUUGCAGAAAUCAUGUCAGUGCUUUUCUUCCACACCAUGAAGUACCGCCCUGAGGACCCAAGGAACUUCCACAGCGAUCGCUUCCUUAUGUCCAAGGUUCAAUCUGCCCCAGCCUUGUACUCAAUGUGGGUUGAGACAGGCUUCCUGAAGGAGAGUGAGUUGCUCAGUAUGUGCCAGGUCGAUUCUUCACUGGAGUGCCACCUUGUUCCUAAGCAACAGUUUGUGGACGUUACAACUGGGUAUUUAGGACAGGGGCUUGGUGUGGCCUGUGGAAUGGCGUACACUGGUAAAUACUUCGACAAAGCCAGCUACCGUGUUUACUGCCUGUUGGGGGAUGGCGAAAUGUCAGAGGGCUCCGUAUGGGAAGCCAUGUCUUUUGCUUCUUACUACCAGCUUGACAACCUAGUGGCCAUCAUGGACAUCAACCGCCUGAGCCAAAGUGACUCUGCGCCUUUGCAGCAUCAUGCCGAGAAAUACCAGAGACGCUGUGAAGCAUUUGGCUGGCACGCCAUUAUUGUGGAUGGACAUAGUGUGGAGGAGUUGUGCAAGGCUCUCAGCCAGCCACGCCAUCAGCCCACUGCUAUCAUUGCCAAAACUAUCAAGGGCAAAGGCAUUUCAGCUGCAGAAGAUAAGAUGGGUUGGCACUCCAAAACACUGCCUAAAGACAUGGCCGAGAUGGUCAUGAAGGAUCUGCAGAGUCGGAUUAUGAGCACCAGCAAGCACCUGUACCCACCUUCUCCUAUUGAGGACUCACCCCCAGUGAGCCUGAGGAACAUCCGCAUGGCCAGUGCGCCCACUUAUAAACCUGGAGAAAAGAUUUCCACGCGUAAGGCCUAUGGGAUGUCAAUCACCAAGUUAGGUCGUUACAAUGAACGCGUCGUGGCUCUUGAUGGAGACACCAACAACCUCACUUACUCAGAGAUCUUCAAGAAUGAACAUCCCAAUCGCUUUGUGGAGUGCUACAUUGCCCAGCAGAAUAUGGUCAGUGUUGCCAUGGGAUGUACUUCCCGUGAGAGAAACAUUGUGUUUGCCAGCACCCUGGCAUCCUUUUUCACACGUGCCUAUGAUCAGCUCCGUAUGGCAGCCAUAUUAGAAAGCAACGUCAACCUCUGUGGCUCCCACUGCGGCCUGUCCACUGGAGAAGAAGGGCCCUCCUUGAUGGGUUUGGAGGACAUGGCCAUGUUCAGGGCUCUCCCUAGAACAACCAUAUUCUAUCCUAGUGAUGGAGUGUCAACAGAGAAGGCUGUGGAAUUGGCUGCUUCCACAAAGGGUGUUUGCUAUAUCCGAACCAGCCGCCAGGACAAUGCCAUAAUCUACAACAGCAAUGAAGAUUUCCAUGUCGGACAAGCUAAGGUGGUGUACCAGAGCAAGGAUGACCAGGUGACUGUGGUGGCUGCUGGAGUGACUCUGCAUGAGGCACUUGCUGCAGCUGAACAUCUAAAGAAAGAAAGGAUAUAUGUGCGGGUUAUUGAUCCGUUCACAAUCAAACCUCUUGAUGCCAAGACCAUCAUUGAUCACACACGUGCCACCAGGGGAAGAAUCCUCACUGUAGAGGACCAUUACUAUGAAGGUGGCCUAGGGGAGGCCGUUUGCUCGGCAGUAGUAAACGAGACUGGCUUUAAUCUUCAUCGUUUGGCUGUGUCCCACGUACCACAUUGCGGCAAACCGCAUGAGCUUCUCAAGCUCUACGGCAUUGACCGUGACGCCAUCGCCCAGGCCGUACGCAAGAUGCUCAGCACCUCCACCAAUGCCAAGUAA